AUGUCUGCAUCACUCACUGUGCCUGUCCCGUUCUCAGAGCCACCAUGGCUCAUGGGCCUGCCAUCCCCGUAUUACAAUGAAUCGCAUAGAAUUUGGCAGAGAGCGUGCCGCGACUUCAUCGAUCAACACCUCACGUCCUUUGCGCUAGAAUGGGAGACGGAGGGCGAUGUGCCGGCACAUGUUUUCGAGACCUUCUCGAAGCACAACAUGUUGAUUCCAAACUUGCCCGCUCCUCUGCCAGUGGACUUGCUGAAGGCCAUGGGCAUUAGCGAGCUUCUUGGUGAAGUGAAAAUUGAAGAUUUCGACUACUUCCAUUUCGCCAUCUACAUCAGUGAGAUGCGAAGAGUAGGCAUUGGCGGCCCAUCAUCAUCCUUGGCUACGGGCAUGGCCUAUGGGAUGCCGCCUAUUAUCGAGUAUGGUAGCAAUGAAUUGAAAGAACGCCUUCUCCCUGAACUGAUCAGAGGGGAUAAGAGGAUAUGCAUCGCCAUCACCGAGCCAGAUGCAGGCAGCGACGUCGCUAAUAUCUCCACCACCGCCGUGAAGAGCGACUGUGGGAAAUAUUACAUCAUCAACGGUGAAAAGAAGUGGAUCACCAAUGGACUUUGGUCUCACUACGGUACCAUGGCGGUUCGUACAGGAGGCCCUGGAGCUGCAGGCCUGUCGCUACUUGUGGUUCCUUUGCUUGGAAAUCCAGGCGUCUCAAUGCGGCGAAUGAAGACAACCGGAGGAACUACUAGUGGCACAACUUUCAUUGACCUGGAAGACGUGAAAGUGCCGGUCCAGAAUCUCAUCGGUAAGGAGGGUGAAGGGAUGAAAAUGAUUACGCGAAACUUCAAUCAUGAGCGACUGGCCAUCGUCAUUGCUAUCACUAGAACUGCCCGCGUUGCUCUCUCAUCAGCAUUCGCGUAUGUCCUCAAGCGUGAAGCGUUUGGUGGACCCCUCAUGAAUCAGGCAGUGGUCCGAAACCGACUUGCCAAAUGCGGAGGAGAACUUGAAUCUCUCUCGGCCUGGGUGGACCAACUUGUGUAUCAGAUGUCAACGCUCAAGAAAUCCGAAGCUGACAAGGAGCUCGGCGGACUUAUGGCGCUUGCUAAAGCAACAGCAGGAAGAGUAUUGGACGAGUGUGCUCGCUGUGCAGUGCUUCUCUUUGGCGGUAAUGGAUACACUCGAACCGGACAGGGUGAGCUGGUGGAAAAGAUCUACCGCGAAAUCCCUGCAGCUCGUAUUCCUGGAGGUAGUGAGGAUGUCAUGUUUGAUUUGGCAGUCCGGCAGCUGGUUAAGCAAUAUGAAGCCAAAACGAAAGCUCUAGGAAAGCAGAAGCUAUAG